AAUCGAAUCAUAAAAAUGCCAAUCAUAAAUGACAUACCAUCUACUAUUUUGCCAACAAAUAAACCGAGAAAAAUAGUCAAACAAAAUGAGCUUUCACCCGAUAAUGGUAGCUAUUUUUUACAACAACAACAACAACAGCAACAACAAUUACUGCCAAUUUCAUCGAUCGCCACCGUCAACAACAACAACAACGAAAACAACUCAAACUUGAAUAUUGAUGAUGAUGAUGAUGAUAGACGACGACAACGACGACGGCGGCAAACAAACAACACUAUCGUCGAUAUUGUUACUAAGAAACAACAACAACAAACGAGCAGAGGUGUAUUAGGAAAAAUUUAUCCAUCAUUUUCAACGCCACAAAUUUAUUAUUCAAAUAAUAAUUUUGAUUGUAAAAAUUCAUUUCAUCAUCCUUUUUCACAACAAUCAUCUUCUGGUACUAUAGUUCAUCAUCAAAAAUAUAAUCAUCGAAAGUGGCCAUAUAAUCAACAGCUACAAAGUUUUUCCAUAAUCAUGACUGAUGAACAACGUUUACAACAACAGACUGAACAAGAGAGUUCACAGAAUCGUGUACUAAUCAAAAAUGGUAAAAUUGUCAAUGAUGAUGCCAUUUUUAAGGCAGAUAUUUAUGUUGAAGAUGGAAUUAUCAAAGAUGUUGGUCCACAUUUAAUUGUACCGGGUGGUGUGAAAACAAUUGAUGCUAAUGGUUUUUUUGUAUUACCCGGUGGUAUCGAUACACAUACACAUAUGAAUGCAACAUUUAUGAACGCAAAAACAGCCGAUGAUUUUUAUAGUGGAACUCGUGCUGCUUUAGCUGGUGGUACAACCACUAUUAUGGAUUUUGUUUUGACUGAAAAAGGUCAAAGUUUGAUUGAAUCAUUUAAAAAAUAUCGAUCACAAUCUGAUGGUUUGGCAUGUUGUGACUAUACGUUUCGUGUUGUUAUUCCGGAAUUUAUUAAAGGCAAAACCGAUUCAGAAAUGGAUACAUUGGUUCGUGAACAUGGAAUCAAUAGUUUUAAAUUAUUCAUGGCAUAUAAAGAUGUUCUAAUGUUACGUGAUGAUGAUUUGAUAAAUGUUUUGAUUAAAUGUCGUCAACUUGGUGCAUUGCCUGUGGUUCAUGCUGAAAAUGGUGACAUUAUUGAUUAUAAUAUUCGUAAAUUGAAAAAUAUGGGCAUUACCGGACCAGAAGGACAUUUACAAAGUCGUCCAGAAGAAGUUGAAGCCGAAGCGGUUACUCGUAUAACUACAAUGGCCAAUCAAGUGAAUUGUCCAGUUUAUAUUGUUCAUGUUAAUAGUAAAUCAGCCGCUGAUGCUAUUGUUGAAGCUCGAAAACGUGGUUGUUUAGUGUAUGGUGAACCAAUCGCUGCUGGUAUUGGAUCGGAUGGAACACAUUAUUUCAAUAAAUGUUGGCAACAUGCAGCCGGUCAUGUUAUGUCACCACCACUUCGUCCAGAUAGAUCAACAUCUGAACAUUUGAUCAAUAUGUUGGCUUCUGGUCAAUUACAAACGAUUGGAUCAGAUCAUUGUGUUUUUAAAACAGCUGAUAAAGCACGUGGCAUGAAAGAUUUUUCAAUGAUACCGAAUGGCGUGAAUGGUGUCGAAGAACGUUUGAUGAUACUAUGGGAAAAAGCAGUUCGCCCGGGAAAAUUGGAUCCAAGACAAUUUGUGGCCAUAACCAGUACAAAUGCAGCUAAAAUUUUUAAUCUUUAUCCACGUAAAGGUCGUUUGGCAAAAGGUUCGGAUGCUGAUCUUGUCAUCUGGGGACCAAAACCACAUGUUAUUCGUGCCGAAAAUCAUAAUUCUAAUGGAGAUUUCAAUAUUUUCGAAGGAACACAAGUUUCAUUCGGUCCAUUGGUUGUCAUCAGUAAUGGUCGAGUUGUAUUCGAUGAAAAUGGAUUACAUGUUGUACAAGGCAGUGGUCGAUUUUUACCUUGUGCACCUAAUUCUAGUUUCCUGUGGCAUUCGAUUCGUGAUCGUGAACGAACAUUACCGAUUCGAAUUGAUCGAGAUGGUAAAGAUGAACAACAACAACAACAACAGCAACCAAAUCAACAACAACCUACAGUUCCUCGAACACCACCUACUGCUACUGUUGCUGCUGCUCAAAAUGGAAAUACACCUCUUAUUCCAUCAAUGGUGCCUGGAACACCACCACAACAAUUUCCACAAACAAUUGAACCACCAUAUACCAAAGAAAAUAUGGGAACGCCAAAUUUUUACAAAGGUACCACACGAUCUGGUGUUCGUAAUUUACAGGAUUCAUCAUUCAAUUUGAGUGGUGCACAAAUCGAUGAUGAUAAAAUUGGUAAAACUGCCAUUCGUGUACAGAAUCCACCUGGUGGUCGUUCAAGUGGAAUUUGGUAAAACGCAAACAAACAAACAAAACGGGUCACAGGAAAAAAAAAUACCAUCAGUAUCAUAAAUGACCAACAAGCAAGCAGAGAAAUUUAUCAAUAUUUGCAAAAAAAAAAAAAAAAUU